AAUAUGUCCUUCGUCCUGCUGAGUGCAGCGUCACACUGACAAACUUCAGCCGAGGAAGUGAGCUGUGUUGCUUUCCUGCGGAAGUGACAAUACACUCAGCACCGUAGAAGCAAACAACUCACUGAUUAAGGUUUUGUGAAUAGUACGAACAAGUUGUGAACAUAUAGACACAUACACAGUUUAUUUUUCUACUGUGACGUGUUGAUUGUGAGCACAAGGAGAAGAGGAUGGGCCGUAAAGUGACCUUGUCAACAUGCUCUUUAAAUCAGUGGGUUCUGGACUUUGAAGGUAACACGGAGAGAAUAUUGAAGAGUAUCGAGGUAGCAAAGGCAAAUGGAGCCAAAUAUCGGCUGGGUCCAGAGCUGGAGAUAUGUGGGUAUGGCUGUGCAGACCACUUCUAUGAGUCAGACACGCUGCUUCAUAGCUUUCAGGCCCUGAAGACUCUUCUGGAAUCCCCGGUUACCCAGGACAUCAUCUGUGAUGUGGGAAUGCCUAUCAUGCAUCAUAAUGUGCGCUACAACUGCCGUGUCCUCUUUCUGAACAGAAAAAUCCUGCUAAUCAGACCUAAGAUGUUGAUGGCAAAUUCUGGCACCUACAGAGAGAUGCGUUGGUUCUCACCUUGGAGUCGGUUAAGACAGGUGGAAGAGUAUUUCCUGCCCAGAAUGAUCCAGGAAGUAACCGGCCAGGACACUGUCCCAUUUGGGGAUUGUGUGCUGUCCACUAAGGACACCAGUAUUGGCACGGAAAUCUGUGCAGAGCUCUGGAAUCCCAACAGCCCUCAUAUUCAGAUGGGGCUAGAUGGUGUUGAAAUCUUCACCAACUCUUCUGCCAGCCACCAUGAGCUCCGUAAAGCCGACCAAAGAGUCAACCUCAUCAAGACAGCCACCACCAAGAGUGGAGGGAUCUACCUGUAUGCCAAUCAGAGGGGCUGUGAUGGAGACCGGCUGUACUAUGACGGCUGUGCCAUGGUGGCCAUCAAUGGAGAGGUCGUAGCUCGUGGAGCACAGUUUUCCCUUGAUGAUGUGGAAGUGAUUACAGCCACUCUGGAUCUGGAGGACGUUUGCAGUUACAGAGGAGAACUCUGCCAGCCACUCAUGGAAGGACAACAGAAACCUUGUCAUAGGAUCAAAGUAGAUUUUUCUUUAUCGAGCUCUAAUGAUGCCUACCUCCCCACACACCAGCCAAUACAGUGGAUGUUUCAUACACCACAGGAAGAAAUCAGUCUAGGGCCAGCAUGUUGGCUGUGGGACUACCUGAGGAGAAGUGGCCAGGGUGGUUUCCUUCUGCCUCUGAGCGGCGGCGUCGACAGCUCCUCCACUGCCUGUAUCGUCCACUCUAUGUGUGUGCUGCUCUGCCAGGCUGUGGAAGACAGCAACAGCCAGGUGCUGAAGGAUGUUCGCAGAGUGGUUGGAGAUGACGCCUACACACCGCAGAACCCAAAGGAGUUGUGUGCUCGCCUCUUUACCACCUGUUACAUGGCCAGUGAAAAUUCCUCCCAGGAUACAUGCAGCAGAGCCAGGGACCUGGCUGGGGAGAUUGGAAGCACACAUGUGAAUAUUAACAUAGAUGUGGCUGUCAAAGGCAUUCUGGGUAUCUUUUCAGUGGUAACUGGACGGUGGCCACAGUUUCGUGCAAAUGGUGGAAGCAACAGAGAGAACCUGGCUCUGCAGAAUGUGCAGGCUCGGGUCAGGAUGGUCUUGGCUUAUCUUUUCGCCCAGCUGAGUUUGUGGGCUCGUGGUAGGCCUGGAGGACUGCUGGUUUUGGGCUCAGCCAACGUCGAUGAGAGCCUUACAGGAUAUUUCACCAAGUAUGACUGUUCCAGUGCAGACAUAAACCCCAUUGGUGGAAUCAGCAAGAUGGAUUUGAAGAGCUUCCUUGCUUACUGUGCAGAGCAGUUCCAGCUUACCGCUUUGAAAGGCAUCCUGGCUGCUCCCCCCACUGCUGAACUGGAGCCUCUGAAGGACGGACAGCUGUCCCAGACAGAUGAGUCAGACAUGGGAAUGAUGUAUUCUGAGUUAUCAGUGAUUGGAAGGCUGCGGAAGAUCUCAAAGUGUGGACCCUUCAGUAUGUUCUGUAAGCUCAUUCAUCUGUGGAGGGAUGUCCUUUCACCUACUCAGGUGGCCCAGAAGGUGAAACACUUCUUCAGGAUGUACUCGGUGAACCGCCACAAGAUGACCACAGUUACUCCUUCCUACCAUGCUGAGAGCUACAGUCCUGAUGACAAUCGCUUUGACCUUCGACCUUUCCUCUACAACACACACUGGAACUGGCAGUUCCAGUGUAUUGAUAACCAGAUUUCCCAGAUGCCGGCAAGCCCAGACAACGGGGACCAAGGAAGGCUUGAAGAGUAGCAAAACCCCACAGUCCUGUUCUCUCUGUCCAGGGUGUGUUUGCAUCUCUGCAGUGGCUCAAAUCCAGAACAACCUCCAGCUGUUUCCAAAGUUCAGGAGCUCACCAUGCCCGAAAACAUUAAAAAUGUGUUAAACAUUUUAAUGACAAAUGUCAUUGGAUUUUCAGAGAUAUAUCCUGCUUACUUCUGUUCUGAACCAAAGCACUGCCACCAGACAGCUAACUAUAAAGACUCGGGUAGCCUUUGCAUCUGGUAUCCAUCAGUGUCUUCCAUGUUAGCAGACACAGACCCACGUCAGGUUAUGGUUCUGAAGCAUUUUCUAUAUCUUAAACUGUUAUUACUCAGAUGCUACCGCAGCUUAGAUUCAUCCCACUGUUAUCUUGUUGAUUUUUUUCAGCUAUACAACUCUUGAUGAGCUUUAGUAAUGCAGCAUAACGUACUGCAUUAUUGAUGUAAUUAUUCUGAAAUUAUGCUUUUUAUUUACAACUGAAAUUAAAGUUACAGUUACCACUGA